CCACAGGCACGAAACUGCCACACAGCCACCAUGGUCGGAGACAAGAUGCUUGUGUUCGGUGGGUUUGGGGGAAGCAAGUGGUUCGAAGAGCUCUGGGUCUUCGACACCCCCAGCAUUGAGUGGCACAAGCCAGAGCUUCAGAGCAGCGCCAUGGAGGGAACGGCACACACAGCCAACAUUGUUGGCAGCAAGAUGUAUAUCUUCGGGGGGAACAACGGAUCUUACAGGAUGAACGACUUUUACUCGCUUGACACCCAGGUGCUGACUAUGCGUCAAUGA